AUGAAAUUCACCACCAUCGCUACUAUCGCCAGUGUCUUCACUCUUGCCGCUGCUGCUCCUACUAGUGAGGUUACUGUUCAAACUAAUGCCGUUACUCCAAUUUUCUCCAACCUUUCAACUUUGAGAAGUGACGUUGACACUAUCCUCAAAGAUGUCCAAGCUCUUACCCCAUUGCUUGUUGGUGACUCAUCUCUUUCUGAUGAUACUGUCCAAUUAAUCAUUGCUCUUGGAAAAUCAGCCGCUGAUGUUUCCGAUAUCGUUGGAAUCGUUACAACUGAUCUUACUGCUAUUCUCGGUGCCGUUGGUGCUGCCGGUGCCGCUGCCGGGGCUGCUGCUGCCGCUUAG